GUCGCGCGGCGCCCGCCGCAUCACGAACACGUGCGCUGCUACGAGCCGCUACCGUAGACGGCCUCCGCUCGCCGCGCUCGCUCAGCUCAGUGCGUAGACAGGUGUGACGUGAAGUGUUCAUACUGUGCUACAGUGAUCUAAAAUGCUAGUGUCCUCAAGUGAAUAAUAUAUCGGGGCUACCUCGGAGAGCCGGCACCGCUCGAGAGGCAGGUCGCGUGAUGGCGCAUGGAGUGCGCGCGGACGGCGUGGUGCGCGGCGCUGGUGCUGGCGGCGCUGGCGGCGGCCGGCCCGCGGUACAGCUCACGCAUCGUGCACACGCACGCCGGAGCAAUCCGCGGCAUCAUAGUGGAGCCAGCGUCACGCCGCCUAGAGCCGGUGGAGGUGUUCUGGGGGGUGCCGUAUGCUGGACACCCUCCGCGCCUCGGGCCCCCGCCCCCGCCGCCCAGUUGGCCUGGCACACGGCUCGCGGACGCAUUCGCGCCCGUCUGCCCACAGAAGUAUCCGGACAUAUCCAACAAGAGUGCUGCAUUAUCAAAGAUGCCCCUCGGAGUUUACAACGAGCUGAAGGCCACAGUCCCUUUCUUAGCCAAUCAGAGCGAAGACUGCCUCUACCUCAACAUCUACGUCCCCGGUAGCGGUGCGCGUGGCGUGGAGGCGCCAUACGCGGUGGUGGUGUGGGCGGGCGGGUGGUCGCACGAGUGGGGCUCCGCCAACACGCUCGACGGGGCGGUGCUGGCGGCGCGCGCGCACCUCCUCGUACUCACUAUCAACUAUAGGCUAGGAUUAUUAGGUUAUUUAACGACGGGUGUGCGGUCCGACCCGGCGCACCGCGCUGGCGGCGCCGCGGCGCUGGACGUGGCGGCGGCGCUGGCGUGGGUGCAGACCAACGUGGCCGCCUUCGGGGGGGACCCCCGCCGCGUCACGCUCGCCGGACACGGCGCCGGGGCUGCGCUCAUCAAUGCGCUUUUAAUGAUGCCCGAAUCUAAAGGUUUGGCGUCGCGCGUGCUGUUACUGAGUGGGUCAGCGCUGAGCCCCGCGGCGCUGGCCCCGGACGCGGCGCUGGCGCGGGAGCACACCGCGCAGGCGCUGCGCUGUGCGCCGGACUCAUCCACCAGUGAACAUUGGUUAUUAGAAUGUAUCCGAGCCAGGCCGCUCGCAGCGCUGUUAGCGGUGGAGCCUCCCAGAGCGCGGUUCCUCGCGGGUUGGGCACCGUCGGUGCCCCUGCAGAGGGACCCUGCGAGCCAAGCCCCUACUAAGGCGCUGCACGCCAGCGAGGCGUUUCUAGACUGUUCGCUCGCUGUUGUGGUCGCCACCACUGAAAGUUACCAGUUUUUCAGCGAAGACGAUGUCAGACAUGGUUUCGAAGAGGAACACAGGAAUCGGAUUUUGCGCACGUAUGUCCGCAACGUGUACCGAUACCAUCGCAACGAGAUCUUCGCGGCCAUCCGCAACGAGUACACCGACUGGGAGAAGCCGAUCCAGCACCCCAUCAACAUCAGAGACGCCACCCUGGAGUCCCUGAGCGACGCAGCGGUCGCCGCGCCCGCCCUGCGCGUCGCGCAGCUGCACGCGAGGAGAGGAGCCAGGACUUUCUUCGCUCACUUCGCACACCAGAGCAGAGACGCUGAUUAUCCCCAGCGACUUGGGAGUGUUAGUAGUGAAACCUUGCCGUACUUCCUCGGGCUGCCGUUGGUCGGCGGCACGCAGUCGGCGCCGAGGAACUACUCUCGCGGUGACGUCACCGUGGCCGAGUCCGCGGUGGCGCUGCUCGCGGCGUUCGCGAAGAGCGGCGACCCGUCGCUGAGGACGGACCACCACGACACCUCCUCGUGGCCGCGAUACGAGCUGAAUACACAGCAAUAUCUGAGCAUAAGUACAAAACUUCGAGUGAAAAGUCACUACCGCGGCCACAAGAUGGCGUUGUGGUUGCACCUGAUCCCGCAGCUGCACAGGCCCGGCGCCGCGCCCAGACAUCAUCAGUUCCGGUCGAUUCACCCGGACAUGUUUGCGGGGGAAAUUUUUCCCGAAUUGUAUACGACGACCGCUUCGUUCGAUGACGAGGAUGAGCCGCCUGACCCUGAAGAGGAGGCAUCCGAGGUGGAGGAGUGCGAGCCGUCGCCCUCCCCGCGCCCCGCACUCUCCGCCCUGCCCGCGCCACAUCCCACUCCUAAGGAAGACUCCCUCACUAACCUGGACUCGCAAUAUUACAGUUAUACGGUAGCAUUAGGAGUAACGGUCGGAGCCGGGUGCUUCUUACUGGCACUAAAUGUGCUAGUAUUUGCUGGAAUUUAUCUGCAAAAAGGGAGACGGCGCACCUCGCACAGGAGACCUCGGAGAGAUGGCAGCUGCAAUAGCCGCGCAGGCACCGGUUCAUUGUCUAGCGACCCUACGCUAGCGUUAUCUCCUCGAAAGAGCACAUUAAAGCGCAGCAGCGAGUUAGAACUAAAGGAGAGACCGAACAACGUCCCGCCGCCAGCAAAGAAGCGAGUCCAAAUCCAGGAGAUAUCAGUCUAGAGGAUUUUUGAAAUGAACGUUGAUAGUAAAGUUUGAGUGUGAAUCGUGGAACAUUUCGAAGUUAUAAAUAAAAACUUUGGCCAUCAUAAAGAUAAAAAUGAGUGACGCGUUAGGGGACAAUGGAGUGAUAUAAUAAGUAAGUGUAUACGUAUUGUAUGUAAACGAAUUGGAAGCGGUCGCAUCUAUGAAUAUUGGAAUAUAUUUAGACGUAUCUUGUUCGGUUUCCAUGGAAAUAUCAAGUUUAAGACUUACAUUUUUCGAUCCAAGUCUUGAAAUUUUGAUUUAUGUACGAAUAUUACCACAGUGGCGAUUGCCCUUUGAAAUUGGACAAUUGGAAAAGCUGAUAAAAGACGCUUUAUUCUACAUUUGAUAUACUUUUUUCAGUGUAAAGGUGCAGCCUACCUGCCGACCAAUUAACCGAUUUCCGUAAUAUUUCUUGUUGUUUCUUCGUUACGUUUGAAAGUAUUAAAAUAUCGUUUGUUCAUCUUGACAGUAUAUAACUUUAUUAUUAGAGAAAUUUUCUGUUCUAUAUAACUUGCAUACUAGUAGAAGUAAUGUGUUAGUUAAAUAUUAUUCAGAUUUUUAUUAUUAUUACCAAUAAUAUUGUUAUCGUUUAGUUACUUCUAAAAUCAUAUUAAAUAUAAUUCGUUAUACAGGUUUGCAAUUAUUAAGAUGAAUGUAUAGUAAUGUAUGAGACAUUGUAAAUAGCACGGCAACUGUUUUAGAUCUUUACUAUUUGAAUGUACAUACCAGUGUCGACGUGAAUAUCUGUCAACUCGGGCGAUUGCAUCGUCAUCAAUACGAGGUUUUUUAAUAAAAACCACUUUUUUU